AUGGCGGAAUGUCCCGCGGUGCAAAAGGCGCGUUCCGGUUGCGCUCGCGUCGAAGCGGCGGAGUGGGGCGAGUUGCGGCCCCUCCGGCGAGCGCGGCGCAUUCUCCCGCGACCGCCGACGCCGCACCAGCGCCCGCGCAAGCGACCCCGACCGCUCCACGCGAUUUCGAAAUAUGCGUUCGAUCUCAGUGCUAAGAUCAAGAUGGGUUGCAAGCUAACUUUCGUCGACGAUGUUUUGAAUCGAUCCUUCUACAAAUUGGGGCUUAUUGUUGGAAAACAGCCGGGUUACUUCAUCAUCAUACCCGUUUUGCUCACGCUGCUUAUGGUGACCGGCUACCAACGAGUACAUUACGAAAUGGAUCCAGAAUACUUGUUCUCACCAGUCAGCGGUCAGGGAAAACUGGAGAGGAGAAUCGUGGAGGAGCACUUCAAAGUCAAUUACUCCCAACGAUUUAGCGUUGGAAGGAUUACCCGCGCAGGCAGAUUCGGCCGAGUCAUUAUCGUGGCAAAGGACAACAUUACCAACAUGCUGCGAACGGAAGUUUGGAAGGAGCUUAGGCAGCUGGACGAAUUGGUACAGAACAUAACGGUCACCUUACCCAGCGGAGAGACUUUUACAUACAAAGAAGAGUGUGCCAGAUGGGAGGGGCAGUGCUUCGUAAACGACAUACUCAACCUCGACAAAAUUAUAGGCGAGGUGGAGCGAGGCGAGUUGAAUCUAACGUUUCCUAUAAUGUUCAACCCCGUAACAUGGGAGGCCCAUGCGUUUCCAGUCUACUUCGGCGGCUCCAAAGUGGUGGACGACACCAUAGUGUCUGUACCUGCCGUGCAGCUCGUAUGGUUCGUCAGGACCGACACUAAACUACAGCAGGAAAGGGGAGCGGCGUGGGAAGACGCGUUUCUCGAUGAAGUGGGCAUAGCUGAAGACACGGGACGAUUCAAGCACAUUUCGAUCGCCCGCUUCGCGUCGCGAACGCUCGACCACGAGCUGGAGAAAAACACACGAACAGUCAUACCCUUCUUCAGUUCAACAUUCAUUCUAAUGGGGAUAUUCUCGAUUAUCACUUGCAUGAUGGGCGACUGGGUCCGCUCGAAGCCUUGGCUGGGUCUACUUGGAAAUAUCUCGGCAGUCAUGGCAACGGUAGCGGCCUUUGGCUGCGCAAUAUACCUGGGGAUAUCCUUCAUCGGGAUAAACUUAGCCGCCCCGUUUCUGAUGAUCGGUAUCGGUAUUGAUGACACGUUCGUAAUGCUGGCCGCGUGGCGGCGCACUUCGCCCAAACUCCCAGUGCCUGAAAGGAUGGCGACCAUGCUUUCAGAGGCGGCAGUUUCUAUAACGAUAACAUCAGUCACGGACAUGCUUUCGUUCUUCAUCGGCAUCUUCUCACCUUUCCCGUCGGUACAAAUCUUCUGCAUGUACUCGGGUCUGGCCGUUUGCUUCACUUUCGUGUGGCAUCUGACAUUCUUCGCUGGUUGCGUAGCUGUAUCCGGAUACCGAGAAAAGCAAAACAGGCACACUAUCACGUGGCUAAAAGUAUUGCCGGAGUCAAGAGCUCGCAAAGAAGACAAGUCAUGGUUGUACAGGAUAUUCUGUAGUGGUGGAAUAGAUAUCGCCGACCCAGACAACCCAGUGGACAAUAAAGAACACUGCAUUAUGGCAUUCUUCCGUACUACUAUGGCGAACUUUCUCAACAACAGCUUGGUCAAGGCACUGGUCAUAGUCGUGUUCUUAUUGUACCUCGCCGGAGCCGGUUACGGUGUGACGAACCUCAAAGAAGGCUUGGAAAGAAGGAAGCUGUCUAAGGUGGAUUCGUACUCUGUGGAGUUCUUCGACCGUGAAGAUCUCUAUUACAGAGAAUUCCCCUAUAGAAUACAGGUUGUGAUUACUGGAAGUUAUAAUUAUUCAGACCCAAAAGUGCAAGACGAAGUUGAAACACUGACCCAAAAAUUGGAAAAUACGUCGUAUAUCUCGAACUCCUUGUACACAGAAUCAUGGCUACGCACAUUCGUGAAUUACGUAUCGAGAAAUAACGAUUACCUGAACGUCACCAUUGACAACGAAGUUGAUUUUAUAAAGAAUCUUAAAGAGUUAUGGCUUUUCUCGGCAAAUCCGUUCUCUUUGGACGUUAAAUUUAACGAAGCCGGGGAUCAAAUUGUCGCGUCGAGAUUUUUAAUACAGGCCAUCAACAUUAGCGGUACCAACCACGAAAAAGAGAUGGUCAAAGUGCUUAGAGAUAUUGUAGCCGAAUCGCCUCUGAAUGCUUCAGUUUUCCAUCCUUAUUUUGUCUUCUUUGAUCAGUUCGAGCUUGUCAGACCAAUGUCGCUUCAAAAUCUGUGUUACGGAGCACUUAUGAUGAUGAUCACAUCCUUCAUCUUCAUUCCUAAUAUUUUAUGCUCUUUGUGGGUAGCUUUUAGUAUUAUAUCGAUAGAAAUUGGUGUUGUGGGAUACAUGGCACUGUGGGAUAUUAAUCUCGAUUCCAUAUCAAUGAUCAAUUUAAUCAUGUGCAUUGGUUUCUCCGUCGACUUCACGGCGCACAUUUGCUACGCUUACAUGGCAUCGAAAGCGAAAACUCCCGACGAGAGGGUUAGCGAAUGUUUAUAUUCCCUAGGUCUCCCAAUAGUCCAAGGUUCGUUCAGCACAAUUCUGGGUGUCGUCGCAUUGUUGCUGGCGGACAGCUACAUAUUUUCGGUUUUCUUCAAAAUGGUAUUCAUGGUCAUAUUCUUCGGUGCGAUGCACGGCUUGUUCCUGCUGCCGGUGCUACUCUCGCUAUUCGGGCCGGGAUCCUGCACGAGGACGAAGGACGUGAGGAUGACGGCCGCCGACAAGCGCUUCCCGCACCCGUACUGCCUGCCACACCCGCAGCUGGUGUUGAACGACCAGAUAUUCAACGGCAAGGGCGUGAACCCGAACGGCGUCUACAAGAUAUACGGCGAGGACAAGGACCUGGGCAUAGGCACGUCGGGCGAGGACACUAGCGAGAGCAGCUCGAAUCAGUCGCAGCGCAGACAGAUAGGGGGCGACGGCAACACGAGGAAGAGGUACGAGGAGGGCUGGAGGGCGAGCUACCAGGGCGCCAGCCAAUUCCAGCCGUCCGGCGAGCUGGAUUUGUACGGCCGCGAGGCGGACAGAACCCGGCAGAGGCAACGCCACGAGGACAACAGGCGGGCGGCCGACAACUACCGCAAGGGCCAAGUGAGGGACGGCGAUUGGGUCGCACCGCGCAAGACCAGCGAUGCGGGGCCCCGCCGCGAGGGUCCCUACAGGGUCACGCGCGCCCACUCCCACCACAACAUCCACAGGCCCAAAAACCCGCGCCGCUCCAACUCGCACCAAAACCUCGAGCACUUAGACUACGUAGCGGAGAUGCGUUUCCCC